AUGUCUUUUAUAGUAUGCAAUACACAAGUAUUUGCAAACAUUUUAAGCCAUCUAUCUUAUGUCCUUGUUGGUUACCUGACACAUGUCGUAACUGUCAGAACAGAUUCAGGCUUUCAUGACUUUUUUACUUUUCGACUUCGCUUGACAGCUCUCGUGUAUCCAUUCAGUGGAAUCGGUUCUGCAGUGACAUCUAUAUAUGUUUCAUUUAAUGGAGACAGAAUACUCGGUAUCGAUGGAUACAAAUUAUUAUUAAGACACUACGAGAAAGAAAAAGACCAAGAAGCACAGGACGACGAUGAUACCCAAACAAAAUUACACAAACGACAUUCAAAUGUCGCCAGGCUAAGAGAUCAACUAGUCAAGGAUGUUAAGAAAGAAGGUUUUACGAUUGAUGAUGAAGACAAUACACCCUACCUGGCAGCUUUUUUGCAUAUAAUAGGCCACAAAAAAGCAAAGAAGAUCAAGCAUUGUAUCUUAACCAACUCUGUAUAUAUCGGCUCCGAGAAAGUUAUUGAUGAAGAGAAGGAAUACUUUUUCAAGUCUGACAUAAUGGUUGUUGUUGGCCCAGGUUCAUGUUGUAAAUAUCAAAAGCGACUACUAUAUGACAAAGCUAAUACCAUGACAGAGACUAUGAUCGAUCAACUUGAAAUGGUCCACCGCCUGGACGAUUCUUCAUAUCUUGAAACAUUUGCUACAAUUGGACAGCUGUUUUUUACGACGAUUGAAUGCAUGGAAAUAGACGGAGACAGAUGGGUAAAGGUCAUCAUUAUUAUAUACACUAUAAUGUCAGUGCUCCAGACAGUUUCUCUCAUUGCUCUACAUAAGCAAACAUCGGCCUUUAGUGUAUUCAAAGAUGCCAAUACAAAAACAUCGGCGAAAAACGAUGAUCCCAUUUCAACCAAAAAAGAAUACAAAAGCGAAUUAUCUGAAGAUGUCAGUUCUAUUUCAACCAAAAACGAAGACAACACCGAAUCAUCUAAAGAUAAUCUCCCUGUUUUGAUCGAAAAUGAAGACAGUGGAAUUCUACCUAAGACCGACGCCUCUAUUAUAUCUCAAUGUUUGGACAAACUCAAGAGAAAAAAAGCGAGGACAGCGAAACUUAGAGCUGACAUUAUCGAAAUUCUUACUGCAUUUGCAGGAAUUAUAGUGCUCUUGUUUAUGGGUAUAUGGGCUGAUUAUAAUAGUCACAGCGUAACAGAAUGGCUUGUAAUAUCCUGGUUCCUUUGCCCUUUAUUGAUUUGUACCAUUUCCACUUGUGUUUUUUGUAUCGAGAGAAAUGCAGAAAAAACCACUGAAAUAUUACUAGUCCCUUCCUUAAUCAUUCCUUUUGGACUCGUUACUUCUGCUACAGUUAUUGGAUAUUUACCAAACAAAUACAGAGGCAGAAAUCAAGGCGCAAAUAAUGCGUCGGCGGUGUGGGCGUUGAUAUGGUUUCAGAACUGUGUAGUGAGACUACUGUUGAGCCAUACUCAAGAAGGUGUGGUCUCUAUGAAUGAAAUACAAAUUGUCUCAUUAAACAAUGAUAGUGCUUCUUCGUUGAGUGCAACAAAAUCCAAAAGUAUCAAUUUUACAGAGCUUUUCUAUAGCAUUAAUACGCUUUUUUUCAUAUAUUCUCCUUUCGAGUUACUUGCCUAA